AUGACUACAACAUCAAUUAAUCCCAACUACAUUGAAUCUAUUAGAGCACCUGCAAACUUUAUUCAGGCAAAACAAAAUUAUAGUUCUGAACCAAAUUUUUCUUUCCUGAAAAACCACAAUGAUAAGAAUGAUAUUGAAUUUCAAAAUACUAACAUGGAAGAUUCACAUAAUCUGAACGAAAUUGCACAAUGGAAAAUGAAUUCAAAUUCAAUAAAUAAUAAUGAAAAAUUAUUGGAGUCAUCAAGGCAAAAUACUUCUUUACAUGGAAAACAUGAGCAGCAUUAUUUUGGCUCUGGAAAUAUGCAAGGAAUUGGAUGCAAUCAAAUAUAUAAACAUUGUGUGAAUAAUAAUGGCGAGACAAAUGAAAAGUCACAUAGUUCAACUAAUUUUGUAGAUAAAAAUAUAUUUACCCAAUAUGUUAGCGAUCAAAACUUCUCUACAAUUCAUCCAAUUCAAAGUGGCGGAAAUGUGAGUGGCGUUGAGCCACAGAAUUAUGGUAUCAGAAACCAAAUGCAAAUUGAUGAUAUUCACAAUAAUAAAAGCAUUAAUAAAAAAGCUACCCUGCAAAUUGGUAUCAAUUUCGAUAGACCAAAGGAAUAUUCCAACGAAAGUUUACAAUUCGCGCAAGACAAUGCCUAUCAAAUUUUCGACAACCGCGCGACGAUUAAAAAUAAUAUCAAUACAAACAAAAUGUGGUGUGAUCAAUCGAGAAAUCAAAAUCGAUGUCAGAAUUUUAAUAGAAAUACAGAUAUUAAAAAUGAUGAUAGUUAUGAAAUCAAUAGAUCUUACACUCAAAUUGGAAAUAUUGACGAUAACUAUAAAAAUGUUAACGAAAUGGAUUGUAAUUUUCACCAAACUCGUGAUGAUUAUGUUUCAAAAUGCCUAGAUAGCAAUAUUGUUAGUUAUAUCAACACACCAACUGUAACACAAAAUGAUGUGGAGAUGACGACUGCAAACGAUAACAUGUAUAGUACUAAUUUGAAAUAUGCAAGCAAUGAACACAACAUGUCAUCAAAUCAAAACAAAUAUCGUGAAUUAUUCUCUAAAUUGGACGAAAGUUACAAUGCUAUCGUCAAGACACCUGUUUUAUCCCCAUAUGAUGUAAAAAUUUCACCAAUGCAUAUAACUAAAUCCGAUAUGGGAUUCAAAUAUUCUGAUUACACAAAUAGAAAUAAUAACACAAGAUUCGGUUACUGUAAUAUCCAGGAUGAGAGAAAUGAUAUUCGGCAUAGACAAUUUUUAAAGCGACAACCUAUACUGUAUGAAUCGCCCACCAAGAAAAAAAUAUCAAACUUUGGUGUACGAGGUUGGCCCAUGGUGAAUCCUCCUUUAAUGAACAUGGAAGCAGAGUAUCACACUCAUAUGCAACGAAAGAGCACUCACAGAACAAAUUAUAUCAUGGCUAUUCACAGCAUAGAAAGUAUGAUGGCAGUAGAAAUUCUUUUAACUUGA